AUGAAGCAUUCAGCAGGCCAGGGAGAGGACUCCUUCUUCGACUCUCCUGCUGCAGCAGCAGGCGAAGCAGCAGCAACAACAGCAGCAGCAACAACAACAGCAGCAGCAGCAGAAGCAGCAGCGGCAGCAGCAGCAGCUAAAGAUCCACCGGCUCCGCAGCAACAGCCGCCUCUACGAGGGCGUGCGAAGGCCAUAGCCCGUGCAAAAGCAGCAGCAGCAGCAGCAGCAGCAGCAGCGUCAACCUCAGCAUCAUCAUCAUCCAUAACAGCAGCAGCAACAGCAGCAGCAGCAGCAGCAGCAACAGCAGCUAGAGCUGAGAAGCGCUCUCGGGUGUCUCCUGAGCUGCUAAGUGCUGCAGGGGCCCUCAGUGGUCGGUUGCUGCCUCUCGUGUCUCUUGGCUGUGAUGAAGGCCUCUUAGAAGAUGAAGUUGCUGCUUUCAUAUUCGAGUGCUGCAGCAGCAGCAGCAGCAGCAGCAGCAGCAGCAGCGAGGAGUUGAUAGUUGUGGGGAGUACAGGGGCCCUUGAGGGCCGCUACAAUCGUCGGCCUGUCUCUCUUCCUGUUGGUGUACACUCUUUGCUGCAGCAGCAAGAUGCUUCGCAGCUGCUGUUUAUAGAAGCACUGCCGCAGCAGCAGCAGCAGCAGCAAAUACAACACCUGCUGCAGCAAAUACUAGGCGCAUGUCGCACAAUAUAUAAAGCCAAGCAGCUACCCUCUACUUAUCAAAUCGUAGAUACUCUCGACGAACAGGGUGCUGCUGCUGCUGCUGCUGCUGCAGCAGCAGCAGCAGAAGACAGCAGCCACAUGCUUGAUUUAGAAGAAAAUAUAGAUGCAGCUGAAAGCAACUCAGACUCGCGAGUCCUCAUCUACACCCUCGCUGACUCCCAAGAGCAGCAGCAGCACCAGGAGCAGCAGCAGGAGCAGCAGCAGCAGCAGCAGCAGCAGCAGCAGCAGGUGGUGCGGGUAUCGCAGCAAGUGCUGCUGGGGCGUAGAUUAAUUUACCGUCCUAAAGCCUCCCGUCACCUACAAAUAUCUGUCUUCUCUUCAAAUUCAUAUUCACUUACACCAAUCAGCAGCAGCAGCAGCAGCAGCAGCAGCAGCAGCAGCAGCAACGGGGACGCAGGCAGCAGCAGCAGAAAUGCCAGCAGCAGCAGCAGCAGCAGCAGCAGCAGCAGUACGGGGGGAGAGAGGAUGCCUAUUGAACUUGUUAAGGACCUGCAGCGGUUCGGCUUCGUGGGGGGGCCUGCAGCAGCAGCAGCAGCAGCAGCAGCAGCAACGCCAGCAGCAGCAGAAGCAGCAGCAGCAGCAGCAGCAGCAACAGUACGCGUGACUACGAGGAAAGUUGUGCGCUGCGACUGCUGGGUUUUCUCCCCUGUCCUGCCGCCGCAGCAGCAGCAGCAGCAGCAGCAGCAGCAGCAGCAGCAGCAGGAUUUGGUGCUGCCUGAGUGGGUGUUAGAGCUGCGGCGAGAGGCUGAGGAAGGAGACACAGCAGCACAUCCAGAGUUGCUGCUGCAGCAGCUGCAGCGAACAGCAGCAGCAAGCAGCAGCGGGGUUGGAGCAGAUGCUGACUUAAGCGAUGAAUCGCGCAGUUUAUAUGUACGCCUGCAUGCACCUGCAAGAUGUUUGCUGCUGCAGCAGCAGAAGCAAUUGCUGCAGCAGCAGCAGCAACACCACCCGCUGCUGCUGCAGCAACCUUCUGCCUUCAAGGCCCUCGUCUCUCUUUUUCUCUACAACCUGCGUGUGGCUGUAGCAGAGCCAGUUGAAGAAGCAGCAGCAGCAGCAGCAGCAGGAGCAGCAGCAGCAGCAGCAGCAGCUUCUUUAUAUUACCCAGGGGUUCUAGGGGAUGCGCAGCAAUCUGUACAAACAUUUUAUGAAAAUAGAAAAGUGCUUGCUGCUGCAGAGUCGCCAAUUGCUGCACUUCGACUCUACAACAAUCAGGUGAAGAGAGUGCUGAUAAGGAUGGAGGUUAAAAGAGGUGCGCGCGUCUUAGAUUUAGCAUGCGGACAUGGUCAAGAUUUGUUUAAGUUUGCUGAAGUUCAAGCUUCGCGACUCUUAGGUAUAGAUUUCUCGAGAGAUUCAAUAGUCGAAGCCCGUCAGCGUGUACGCGAGAGAAGAAGAGAAGGUUUAAUUCGUCAGCUUUUAACAAGACCUGAGUAUCAUGCAGGAGAUAUAAAUGCAGAGAGGGUGUGGGGUAUAAUUAGAAAAGAAAUAUUUGAUGUGGUGUCUAUACAGCUGGCUAUUCAUUAUAUUGCUGCAACAGAGCAGCAAAUGCUGCUGCUGCUGCAGCGCUGCAGCAGCUGUAUGACCACUGGAGGUAAAUUCAUAGGAAGUACUGUAUGCUGUCGUGCUCUUAGCAAAUUUGUGAUGCUGCUGCAGCAGCUGCAGCAGCAGCAUAUCGAUUUGCUGCUGCAGCAGCACAACAACCCUGCUGAUGAGCAGCUCUCUGUCUAUGCUCGCAUGCUUGAAGCAGCAGCAGCAGCAAAACAAAGAAUAUUCUACGCUGGAAACUCUAUAUUUGCUGUUUUCUUUACUGAGGAUACACUGCAGCAAAUCUUAGCCCCCUACAGACUACCCCCCGAAGAAGGUUAG